CCGCUCGGUCCUCGUCAUGGAGGCUCCCGCCGCCCUCCUCUUGCUCCUGCUGCUCCGGGCUUGGGUCCCUGCGCUGGGCGGCGGCUCUUCGGAAGCGCUGCCGAUGGUCAACGAGGACGUGAAGCGCACCGUGGACCUGAGCAGCCACCUGGCCAAGGUGACGACCGAAGUGGUCUUGGCGCACGCGGGCGGCGGCUCCACGUCCCGCGCCGCUUCGUUCCUGCUGGCGCUGGAGCCCGAGCUCGAGGCCCGCCUCGCGCACCUCGGCGUGCAGGUGAAGGGAGAAGAUGAGGAAGAAAACAACCUAGAAGUACGAGAAACCAAACUUAAAGGUAAAAGUGGGAGAUUCUUCGUGGUCAAGCUCCCGUUUGCUCUUGAUCCUGGGGCUAAGAUUUCAGUUAUUGUGGAAACAGUCUACACCCAUGUCCUUCAGCCAUAUCCAACACAGAUCACCCAGUCAGAGAAGCAGUUUGUAGUAUUUGAGGGGAACCAUUAUUUCUAUUCUCCCUAUCCUACAAAGACACAAACCAUGCGUGUGAAGCUUGCCUCCCGAAACGUGGAGAGCUACACUAAACUGGGAAACCCCACACGCUCAGAAGACCUCCUGGAUUAUGGGCCUUUCAGAGACAUCCCUGCCUACAGUCAGGAUCCUUUUAAAGUACAUUACGAGAACAACAGCCCGUUCCUGACUGUCACCAGCAUGACCCGCGUCAUCGAGGUCUCUCACUGGGGCAACAUCGCUGUGGAAGAAAACGUAGACUUGAAGCACACGGGUGCUGUGCUCAAGGGGCCUUUUUCGCGCUAUGACUACCAGAGACAGCCAGAUAGUGGGAUAGCCUCCAUCCGCUCUUUUAAGACAAUCCUCCCUGCUGCUGCCCAGGAUGUUUAUUACCGGGAUGAGAUUGGCAAUGUUUCUACUAGCCAUCUCCUUAUUUUGGAUGACUCUGUGGAGAUGGAAAUCCGUCCUCGAUUCCCUCUCUUUGGCGGAUGGAAGACCCAUUACAUCGUUGGCUACAAUCUUCCAAGCUAUGAAUACCUUUAUAAUUUGGGUGACCAGUAUGCGCUGAAGAUGAGGUUUGUGGACCAUGUAUUUGAUGAGCAAGUGAUAGAUUCUCUAACUGUGAAGAUCAUCUUGCCUGAAGGGGCCAAAAACAUCCAAGUUGAUAGUCCCUAUGAGAUCAGCAGGGCCCAAGAUGAGCUGCACUACACCUAUCUGGACACAUUUGGCCGUCCUGUGAUUGUCGCAUACAAGAAAAAUUUGGUAGAACAGCACAUUCAGGACAUUGUGGUCCACUACACAUUCAACAAGGUCCUCAUGCUACAGGAGCCCUUGCUGGUGGUGGCUGCUUUCUACAUCUUGUUCUUCACUGUCAUCAUCUACGUCAGGCUGGACUUCUCCAUCACAAAGGAUCCAGCUGCGGAAGCCAGGAUGAAAGUUGCCUGCAUCACAGAGCAGGUCCUGACCCUGGUCAACAAGAGAAUAGGUCUCUACCGUCACUUUGAUGAGGUCGUUAAUAGGUACAAGCAAUCCCGGGAUGUCUCCACCCUCAAUAGCGGCAAGAAGAGCCUGGAGACAGAGCACAAGGCCUUGACCAGUGAAAUUGCACUGCUGCAGUCCAGGCUCAAGACAGAGGGCUCUGACCUGUGCGACAAAGUGAGUGAAAUGCAGAAGCUGGAUGCCCAGGUCAAGGAACUGGUGCUAAAGUUGGCGGUGGAAGCUGAGCGGCUGGUGGCAGGCAAGCUCAAGAAAGACACGUACAUUGAGAAUGAGAAGCUCAUCUCAGGAAAACGGCAGGAGCUGGUCACCAAGAUCGACCACAUCCUGGAUGCUCUGUAGUCUCCGUCCAUCAUGCCCUGGGUGGGCCAGGGUACCUGCAUUUGCAGAUGGCAGGCAGAAUGGGGUGGGAAGGUUGGCCUGCCUUUGUAUUUUCCAAAAGCCGUCAAGGAGAGGCCUAGCCCUGCCUCAUGCAGUAGAAGCAGCUUAGUUCUUGUCCCUAAAUCUUUCUUUUCCUUUUUUUUUUAAAAGCCUUAAGUAAACAAAACAAAACCAAAACAUCCACAAAUCCUACUAAAAUAACACUCGUUUUUUGAACAAAAUAAUUUUCUGUGGUUGAUUGGCAUGGUUUUGUUCUAGAGCCUAGGAUACUCUUUCAGCCUGUUAAGUCCCAUGUUUUCCACCCUUCUAAUUCCUGAUGUUUGGGUAUUUUGUGAGUUGUGUGUGGGUUUUUUAAAAAAUGUGUGUGAGACCAAAUGAAAAUAAAGUAGGGACUGUGAACAGUU